AUGACGGCGUCCGACCCUCAGGUCCCGCCUGGAGACGCGGCUCCCCAGGUGUACGAGGAGCGCAUCUGGAUCGAUGGCUGCUUUGACUUCUUUCACCACGGUACCCUUUCCGCCCGUGAAACCUAUCCAAGAAGUAAUGUGUUUUCUGACAAUACACUCCAAGGACAUGCUGGAGCCAUUGUGCAAGCCCGCCAACUCGGCAGUGAACUGUACAUAGGUGUCCACUCGGAUGAGGCUAUUCUCGAGAACAAGGGCCCUACGGUCAUGACUUUGCAAGAACGCCUAUCUGCUGUCGACGCUUGUCGCUGGGUGACGCAAUCCAUCGGGCGAGCCCCCUACGUCACGCAGCUGGACUGGAUCACACAUUAUGGGUGCCAGUAUGUCGUCCAUGGCGACGACAUCACUUCUGACGGUGACGGCGAGGACUGCUACCGCUUCGUCAAGGCUGCUGGUCGAUUCAAGGUCGUGAAGCGCACUCCCAGCAUAUCCACGACGGAUCUCGUCGGCCGAAUGCUUCUCUGCACCCGCACGCACUUCAUCAAGUCGCUCGAGAAGCGACUGCGUGGCCAGGCGGGUCAUGGCACACUGGAUGAGAUCAGGGCCGAAGGCGAGGCAAUGACGGAGCGGAUGAAGCUGUACGCAACGGAUGAGACUGGCAAGGCCCCCGGCGUGGCUGUUUGGUUCUGGUCCGCCUCGGCCGAAGCCAGGGUCGAGGCCACCACGGAGGAAAAGGGGACAUUUACGCAAUUCCUCGGAGGGACAGGUCCCCGUCUCGGGCAGCGCAUUGUCUACGUCGACGGUGGUUUUGACUUGUUCUCUAGUGGACACAUUGAAUUCCUGCGUCUCGUGUGGAAGGCUGAGGAAGAUCUCGCCCGCGCAGACGGCUGGUAUUCGGAGCAGGCCACGAAUGAGCGUAUCGGCAAAGGGGGCGACUACCCACCCGUCUAUGUUGUUGCCGGAAUACACGACGACGAGGUCAUCAACCACUGGAAAGGCAUCAACUACCCAAUCAUGAACCUCUACGAGCGUGGAUUGUGCGUCUUGCAGUGUCGAUACGUCAACGCCGUAGUCUUUGGGGCGCCGUUCACGCCCACCAAGACAUAUCUGACCUCGCUGCCAUGGGGCACGCCAGAUGCCCUGUACCACGGCCCAACUGCGUUCAUGCCCCUGACAUAUGACCCGUACACGGCAGCAAGAGAAGUGGGCAUCAUGAAAGAAAUUGGCGCGCACGAAUUCUCUGAAGUCAACGCCGGCACUAUCGUACAACGCAUCAUGAAGAGUAGAGAUCUAUAUGAGGCCCGGCAGCGCAAGAAGGGUGUGAAGGCUGAAAUGGAAGCAGCAGCUCGAGAACGUGAGAUGCUAGAGGAAGAACAGCAGGAGAAGGAGGCUCAGCGCGCUGACGCAUGA